UGUAGUAUCACCAGGCAUCACCGGAGACGUGGAAGAAGUGCGCAGGAGUGAAUUCAGAGGCAAAGAAAGACGCGAGCUUCUGCUGCUGCUGCUGCUGCUGGACGUCUGUGGCGAACCAUGAGAACCGAGCGGAGAUUUUAGAGGUGGCGUUGGGAUUUUUAGUCGGUGCCUGAAAAGAUCACGGUAAUUAGCGUCGAUGCGCGCAACCAAAAACGACGACAGUGGGACGGUGAUCUUUUUUUUUAAAUGCUCAUAUUUUUGGAUGCAAUUCCUCUCCUAUGCAGAGAGAGACCACAAAGGAAGGACUCGAAGCCGAGGACUCGCCAACACAGCUGCAAGUGCGCGCACAGCGGCCAGGAAAGCGGCUAAUUACGCAGAGAUAUUUGCGCUAUUAUAGCGCUCUGAAUGAUUCCCCCAACUUUCUUUGAGUUGUGACAGAUCGUCACAGCCCCAUCUUGCAGCGGGCGAUGAGUAAUCCACGACGCUCCGGUUGAUAAAGCUGAAACCUGGAGUGCGUCUGGCGCGUUUGGAUACAUGAUCCUGUGCGUCGACUCUCCCCCCCCCCCCCCCCCCCCCUUUAAUAUGGCUUCUCUCCUUGGGGUUUUUUCUACUUGUGGUUAUAUUUCAUGGCUGCAUGGUGUAGCAACAGUCGUGCGUGGGGAAAGAGGACGAUGCGUGGUUAAUUAGGGCGAAGACGGUGCGCUUUUCUCGCCUUUUUUCCCCAAAUAGCGCACGGACACUGAGGACUGCAGCAAGGCUUUUUUUUUUUUUUUUUUUUUUUUUUUUUAACUCUCUGUAUCCUUUGUUAUUUCUUUGGCUGCUGUCAUCGUAGUAUGUCUGCACUUCGAAAGAAAUUUGGGGACGAUUAUCAGGUAGUGACCACCUCAUCUAGCGGGUCUGGAUUCAAUCAGCCUCCCUCGGAGAAGAAGAGGAAGAGGCAGCGCUUCGUGGACAAGAACGGCCGAUGUAACGUCCAGCAUGGGAACCUGGGCGGUGAAACCAGCAGAUACCUCUCAGACUUAUUCACCACACUGGUCGACUUGAAAUGGCGCUGGAACCUGUUUAUUUUCAUCCUCACCUACACGGUGGCAUGGCUCUUCAUGGCCUCCAUGUGGUGGUUAAUCGCGUACAUCAGAGGAGACCUCAACAAAGCGCACAACGACAAGUACACUCCGUGCGUGGCCAACGUGUACAACUUUCCCUCAGCCUUUCUCUUCUUCAUAGAGACCGAGGCCACGAUAGGAUACGGCUACAGAUACAUCACAGACAAAUGCCCCGAGGGGAUCAUCCUCUUUCUUUUUCAGUCCAUCCUCGGGUCGAUCGUCGAUGCCUUUCUGAUCGGCUGCAUGUUCAUCAAGAUGUCCCAGCCCAAGAAGAGGGCCGAGACUCUGAUGUUCAGCGAGCACGCAGCAAUUUCUAUGCGUGACGGAAAACUAACUCUCAUGUUCAGGGUUGGCAAUCUGCGUAAUAGCCAUAUGGUCUCUGCACAGAUCCGCUGCAAACUGUUGAAAUCUCGCCAGACGCCUGAAGGCGAAUUUCUUCCACUGGACCAGUUGGAACUGGACGUUGGUUUCAGUACCGGGGCGGACCAGCUGUUUCUCGUCUCACCGCUCACCAUCUGCCAUGUGAUUGACACCAAAAGCCCCUUUUACGACCUCUCCCAGAGGUCCAUGCAAACGGAGCAGUUUGAAAUCGUGGUGAUACUAGAAGGAAUUGUGGAGACCACAGGAAUGACCUGCCAAGCGAGGACAUCCUACACUGAGGACGAGGUUCUGUGGGGACACCGCUUCUUCCCAGUUAUCUCCUUGGAGGAAGGCUUUUUUAAGGUGGACUACUCACAGUUUCAUGCCACGUUUGAAGUGCCCACCCCCCCAUACAGUGUCAAGGAGCAGGAGGAAGCUUUGCUCCUCUCUUCCCCCCUUAUGGCUCCAUCCCUGUGCAACAGCGGGGACAAAAACAACUCUCUGGACUGCCUGGAGACCCUGCAGGACAAUGACAGUACCACCAAACUGCCCACCAAACUGCAGAAGAUGACAGGCCGGGAUGGCCUGCCCAAGAAGUUACUGAGGAUGAGUUCCACCACCUCAGAAAUGACGUACAGCUUCGGUGACCUUCCAAUGAAGCUGCAGCGAAUCAGUUCUGUUCCCGGGGUGUCUGAUGACAAACAGGCGGGAAAGGCCUCUAAGAUCUGCACAGAGCCCAUCAGUAAGUCGGUGGCAGACUUGCCUCCCAAGCUGCAGCGAUUGGCUGGAGGAGGAGGGGGAAGGAUGGACGGACACCUGCCUCCCAAACUCAGAAAGAUGAAUUCAGAUCGCUUUACAUAAAUCAGGCAGUUUAACUUAUGCCAUCCCUAUUUAUUUACCUACCCAAAGUCAUUGUAAUAUUCCUAAUUUAUUAAUGGACAGUAUUCUUAUAUUUGAAGAAAUGUAGAAUAUGUGCACAAAUACCUUAUACAAUAGGGUGAUGGAAUCAAGGACAUUUGUAUAAGUGUACAUGCUAAGAAGAAAGACUUCUUUUUUUUGUUGUUUUUUAGGAUGAUGUACAAUUAGCACAAUCUGGCAUGAUAGAAAUAACGCAUGUAGAGCAGAAUCUCAGUAAUUUCUGGCAUGACCGUCAUUGAUAUUUUACAAAAAAAAAAAGGCAAAAAAAAAAAAAAAACAAACGAGAAAACAAUAAACUCUCCACUGUCAUUGGUGGAGUUACUGACAGUAAAAAUUUGCACAAAGCCAUAUGGUUUACAACUUGGAAAACCCAUAUUACAUGAUUCUAAUUUGCUGUGAUGAAAGGCUCAUACAUUUGUUUUGGGUUUAUUGCUUUUGUCGUUUAAUGUAAAAUUGUGGCAAUGUUAUGUUGAUUGCAUGCUCCUCUUACUGACUUAACUAUACAAAGGUAAUAGACAAAGAUGUUUAGCCUUAACUAUAUUACCUUGUUUCCAUUUUCAUGUUUGUUCACAGCUGUAUUUUUGGUAUUUCCUAUAUCGAAUAUUUUACCAUAUGCGAUUUUAUGACUUUAUUAGUUCAUCUGAUACAAUAUAUGUUGCAGGUGGAUACAGCUGACAUUUUAAAAAAGCAUUAGCGACAUCAUAUGGCCUCUUGGACCUGGGCACAGUGCUACGCAAUUUUCACCUGCUUAUUAAAGUAACACUUAAGUUGAAAGAAUCAAUACUUGUAUUUGAUAAGCACAAAACAAUUACGUUAUAAGCCUGUGUUAUUAUAAAUCUUUUAUGGGCA